CUCAACAUACUAUUGACAGGCAUGGACCCCUUCUACUUUCACGCAGUGAACAUGAUCCUUCACUGCUUGGUGACGCUCGUGCUGAUGUACACCUGUGACCGAGCCGUGUUCAGGAGCCCGGGCCUUGCCUUUGUGACGGCCUUGCUGUUCGCCGUGCACCCGGUCCACACUGAGGCGGUGGCCGGAAUUGUCGGCAGAGCUGACGUGCUGGCGUGUCUCCUGUUCCUGCUGGCCUUUCUCUCCUACACGAGGAGCUUGGACUGCCGUGGCGCUGGGGCCCAUCUCCCUGCUACAGCUUCGCCCUUCUUCCUGCUGCUCAGCUUGCUUCUGGGGACCUGCGCGAUGCUGGUGAAGGAGACCGGCGUCACAGUAUUCGGAGUGUGCUUGGUUUACGACUUCUUUUCCCUCUCCCACAAGCAGGACAAGUCAUUCCUUACCUAUUCCUACCUCUUGGCCUUCAAUGUGUGGCUUCUGCUUGCACCUGUCACCCUGUGCUAUGACUGGCAGGUUGGCAGUAUUCCUCUGGUGGAGACCGUAUGGGACCCCAGGAACUUGGCCACCGUCUUUCUGGCAGUUGUGAUGACCUUACUGAGCCUGCACUGCCUAGCAGCCUUCAAGAGGCUGGAGCACAAGGAGGUCCUCGUGGGCUUGUCGUUCCUGGUGUUCCCGUUCAUUCCCGCCAGCAACCUCUUCUUCAGGGUGGGCUUUGUGGUGGCCGAGAGAGUCCUUUACAUGCCUAGCAUGGGCUACUGCAUCCUCUUUGUGCAUGGACUGAGCAAGCUCGGUGCCUGGCUGAAUCGCUGUGGAGCCACCACCCUGACCGCAUGCAUGGUGUUGCUGCUGCUGCUCUUCUCCUGGAAAACUGUGAAACAGAACGAAAUCUGGCUGUCACGAGAGGCCCUGUUCAGGUCUGGGGUCGAGACUUUGCCCCACAAUGCCAAGGUUCACUACAACUAUGCCAACUUCCUGAAGGACCAAGGCCGGAACAGGGAGGCCAUCCACCACUACAGGACCGCGCUCAAGUUGUACCCGCGCCAUGCCAGUGCCCUGAACAACCUGGGAACACUGACGAAAGAUGCGGCGGAGGCGAAGCGCUACUACCAGAGGGCCCUGCAGCUCCAUCCGCAGCACAGCCGCGCACUCUUCAACCUCGGGAACCUCCUGAAGUCCCAGGAGAAGAAAGAAGAAGCUGUUGCCCUGCUGAAGGAGUCCAUCAAAUACGGCCCAGAAUUUGCCGAUGCAUACUCCAGUUUAGCUUCAUUAUUGGCUGAGCAGGAAAGAUUCAAAGAAGCUGAAGAAAUAUACCAGGCUGGAAUAAAGAACUGUCCAGACAGCUCGGACUUACACAACAACUAUGGUGUUUUCUUAGUUGAUUCUGGCUCCCCGGAGAAGGCAGUGACCCAUUACCAGCAGGCCGUCACCCUGAGCCCUGGCCACCAUGUGGCCAUGGUGAACCUGGGCAGACUCUACAGGUCCCUGGGCAAGAACAGUAUGGCUGAGGAGUGGUACAAACGAGCCCUGCAGGUGGCCCGCAAAGCUGAGACCCUGUCACCCUUGGGAGCACUCUACUACAACACUGGCCGCUACGAGGAGGCGCUGCAGGUGUACCGUGAGGCCGCGGCACUCCAGCCAUCACAGCGGGAGCAGCACUUGGCGCUGGCGCAGGUUUUGGCAGUGAUGGGUCAGACGAAAGAAGCUGAGAAGAUGACUGAGCACAUUGUUUCAGAGGAGGCGGGGUGCCUGGAGUGCUACCGCCUCUUGUCUGCCAUCUACAGCAAGCAGGAGGCCCACGACAAGGCACUUGAUGCUAUAGACAAGGCCCUCCAGCUGAAACCAAAGGACCCCAAAGUCGCAUCUGAACUGUUUUUCACAAAAGGCAAUCAACUGAGGGAGCAGAACCUUCUUGAGAAAGCUUUUGAGAGCUACAGAGCUGCCGUGGCCCUGAACCCGGAGCAGGCACAGGCCUGGAUGAACAUGGGAGGGAUCCAGCACAUCAAGGGAAAUUACGUGUCGGCGAGGGCUUACUACAAGAGAGCCUUGCAGCUGGUUCCAGACAGCAAACUGCUGAAGGAAAACCUCGCCAAACUCGAUCGCCUAGAAAAGCGACUGCAGGAAGUUCGAGAGAAGGCUCAGACAUAGCACCGUCAGGCCCAGUCCCGGAGGCGGAUGCAGGUGGCGCAUGCGCAGCGCGGCCUUGGCGCUUUCCUCUCCCAGCAGCAAGUUCAGGGUGGCACGUCCUGGGAUACCGCGCGUGCUGCAGGACCCGCGCCGCCGUGAACGAAGGGAGACAGCGGGGCAGGCGGGACGCUCGCGGAGGGGCAGAAGACAGCAGCUGCGCGUCUCAGAGAUUUUCUUUGUCUCCCCAUGUCCCUUGAUAACAUUUCUAUGCUUUUGCCUCCUGGAGACCUAAUUCCAUUUAUUCAUUAGACUUUUAUGUCCCAGAAAUACAGAAGUAUGGAAAUGUUAUAAAGGAGAGCAUUUGUUCCGUGUGGGAUGAACUAUUUCAAAGCGGAUGGAUCCGCUAGGCGAGCCGCUUGGUUUGAUUAACUCUCCUGAACCGGAAAUGAGUAUCUAAUGGCUUUUGUAGGACCGUGCAGAACAUGCGAGGAAAAGGGCUGUUGCUGAAUGAGCUUUAGCUACUAGCUCCCUGAGGAUGAGACCUUUUGCAGACCGAAUUGCAUUCUGCGCUGGUACAAGUUUUUCCAGUGCCUAAUACAACAAAAGGGAAGCUCCUGGAGUCACGUAUGGGUGUCGUUAUCCCUGCAGGAAAAGCAGGGAGCUUGGCACCCCAAUGGUUUAAAUCAUAAGUUUUAUUACAAAUAUUAAUAGAGUAGUAGUUCUACUCUAAGAUUUCAAAAGUGCAUUUAAAAUCGAAAACGUUCCCACCUUAAAUAUAUUGCUAUUUUGGUGGCGAAAUAUAGUAUAUUCUGCAUAGAAAAUAUUAAAGAUAUUAACUAAGAAAUUACCUACUUUAUUAUAUUAAUGUUUAGACAUCAUGAAUUUAUUUUUUUUGAAAAUAUAUUUAAACAUUGAGGAAUCUACAAUAUAUAACAAAAUCUUCA